UUUUUACUAAACUUUUUUUUAAUUAGGAAAAGAUAUUUUUGUGCUAUCAAAAUAAGUAAUGAAAAAGAAAAAGAGAAUAAAGAUGAAGCAACAUUAUUAGCAAAAAAUUGGUAAAAUAGAAAGAGAUAGAUAAUAACCAAAAAUGGUUUGAUUCAAGUGGUAAGUGAGUAUAUUAUAUGGUAUAAACAAGAAAAAGAAAAAGAGAUACAUAACAUAACAGGAGAGUACAUAGAAACAACACAAGAGAAGAAAUGGGCGGUGAGGUAGAAAAGAGAAAAAGAUAGUUAAAAAAGAGGUAACUUACGUGUAGAAAUGGGACUCAAAUAGGACAAAACACAGAACCAUUACCAAAUCUUGUUUUUUCGAUGUUGACACAGAUUCUCCACUUGUUGGUUCACACAACGCGACCAAAAUAUUUUUCCUUUGUGAUUUGCUAAGUCACACUCCUACUGUUCUUUCUUUUCUUCUGUGUCUCUCUAUAUAAACUUGUAACCACUCUUCUCUUCUUCUGUAUAGUUAAUCACAUUCUUCAUCAUCUCAUCUAUUGGUGAUAACUCAGGAGAGGAACAUGCUUAGUCCUGAAGGAGAAAUUAAAAUAAGUUUUGGCUACAAAUGCAAUAGUGAUAGAGGUAUCCCUAGCGAGAUCGCCGAUGGCUACAAAAAUCUUCCCAUAGUCCGUAGAGCAAGUAGUUUCUCUUGUUUGUCAGGUGCAGCCAUAAGUGCAAAUGCUACACUAGCCAACACAAACAUAUGCAAUGGUAAGAUAGGUGUUGAAAUCCUUCCAAGUUGGGAUUCUCCUAAUUCAUUUCGUAGAGUGCCUUCUUCGCCAAGUCUUUCACGGUUCGAAAGACUAUCGUCUUCGCUCCCAAAUAGUCUCUCUUAUCUAAGUUCCAGUCCUUCCACUACCAGUGAUAGCCUUGAAUACACGAGUGAUCGUCCCAGUACCGACGGUUUUCUUAUUGCUACAGAAGUUCAAGUUGCAGGAGGAGCUGCUGGUGAAGAUAGAGUUCAAGCAGUUUGUUCUGAAGAAAAUGGUUGGCUCUUUUGUGCAAUUUAUGAUGGAUUUAAUGGAAGAGAUGCAGCUGAUUUUCUGGCCGGUACCCUCUACGAAACCAUCAUAUCUUACCUAGAUAAGUUAAUUUGGGAAUUGGAGCCGGGUUCCAUCACAACUUCCGACCAUGUGGAUUUGGGUGAAUUACUUCGAUAUAAGUUGGAUGAUAGUCUUCAUUGUCAUGAGGAUCAUUCUCUGUCAAGAUCAUCACGGGAGUCUUUUUCGCGCGGGGUACUUGACAGCCUUGACCGUGCUCUUAGUCAGGCUGAGAAUGACUUCUUGUACAUGGUUGAGCAAGAAAUGGGAGAACGUCCGGAUUUAGUUUCUAUUGGAUCUUGUGUUUUGCUUUUGCUUCUUCAUGGUAAUGAUUUGUAUACACUGAAUCUUGGCGACAGUAGAGCAGUACUAGCGACGUGCAGUAGCGGUGACAGAAUGAAUAAGAGUGAGAGACUUGAGGCUAUACAGCUUACAGAUAGUCACACUGUUGAUAAUGAAGCUGAAAGGACUAGACUCGUGGCUGAUCAUCCCGAUGACCCUAAGGUCGUCAUAGCAGGAAAAGUGAAAGGUAAGUUGAAGGUUACUCGUGCAUUUGGAGUUGGCUACUUGAAAAAGAAAAAUCUGAAUGAUGCUUUGAUGGGAAUCCUUAGAGUUCACGAUCUUACGAGCCCACCAUAUGUUUCCACUCAACCAUCAAUGAAUGUGCAUAAAAUCUCAAAUUCUGAUCAAUUUGUUAUAGUAGGGAGUGAUGGUUUAUUUGACUUCUUCAGCAAUGAAGAGGCAGUGAAUCUUGUAGAGUCUUAUAUCUUAAGCAAUCCUUUUGGUGAUCCUGCAAAGUUUCUCAUAGAGCAGCUUGUAGCUAGAGCAGCUGAUUCCGCAGGUUUCAGCAUGGAAGAGUUGAUGAAUGUUCCAGCCGGGAGGAGAAGAAAGUACCAUGAUGAUGUUACUGUAAUGGUGAUCAGGCUUGGAACGAAUCAGAGAACUUCAAAAGCUUCAACUUGUAUCUAAGACCGCACAAAGAUUACUUGUAUAUGUCCACAAGCUGAAUCACUCACAUGGGUCUUAACAACAUAAAAAAAUGCAGAGGACAUUAAUUGUGGUCUCACCAUUUCAUUAUAAAAUGAUGAAUUCGUAUAUCAACCAGCAACUACAAACAUUGAUUCAAGGGCUAGUUGCUUUAUUCAAAACAAACAAGUUGAGUUCAGGAAUCAUUAUCAGAACCAGAAAACAACAAAACAAAAAAAUGUACUGAUGUUACAUUAGAACUAAAUAAUUAGAUUUUUGUGGUACAUGUCAUUCUAUUUUCACCUAAAUGCAAAAUAUCAACAAAGGAUAAAUCCUUAAGGAAUGAGAUCAUCAAACACCGAAACUCUUCAUAUUAGACGUGUUCUGGUAUCGGACACAUGUCGGUGGCGGACACCAACACAACACCGACACUUAUGGUUAUACUGAAUUAUAUCAUUUUCUCAAAUAUUACCGGUAUCAACGUGUUAGCAUCUGGUGUCUGUGUCAGUGUCCGGUGACUCUGUCCGUUCUUCAUAGCAUGAGAUA